UAAAAAUUUGUGAGGUGUUUAGCAUUUUUGGUCAGAUAUAUAGGUUUGAGGAUUGAGGGCAACCAAGCUUCUCACAACGAUAAUAAUGUCUGGCUCUGAUGGCGAGUGCCAGAGCUCUGGAAUGCUCUCUAAAAAUCAAUUGCUUCAUCUCUUCGAUCGCUUCGCUUUUCUCACCUCCCAACCUGAGGUGAAGAAACGAAUUGCAGACGCUGUGGAUGACAAACAGGAAGCAGUCGCUGUAACCACGGCAAUCCAAGAGGAGAUAUUUUUGGAGAUGGGAGUUGGUAAGUCUGUCUUACUUGACAUAGUAGGAGAACAAAUAAAAUCCUUUAUCCAGGUUUUGAUUUUUAGGCAACUCUCCCCAAAAGCUUGUGUAGCACAACCUGACGUGUGUGCCUCAGAUCCAAGGUUUGGUCUAGCUUGCUUGGGAAGAGUAAAUAUGGCUUAUGAGAAUGAUCAAGAUUUGAUGAUUCGUUUCUAUGGAUUUGUGGUGAAAGAAGAGUUGGCUUGUGAGGAAGCUGAGCUUGGGCCAGACAAUUUUGCUGGAAAAAUGGAAAUGCAACUUAAAUUACAAGAACAGCUGGAGAUGCUAAAGCACAUGCGCAAAUUUCACCUGGAUGACCAGUCUACAAUCCUUGAGAAUGUUAGGCAACUUCGAUAAGGCGCACCUAGGCCCAAGUCUCGUCCAGGCCCAAGUUGCACCAGCAGAUGGAGGCGGCCAACUUCGAUGAUGAGUCCUCAGUUUUCUCAGUGGAGCAGAUCCAGGACAUAGUUAGAAGGAGGGUGACACCUGUAUUUAGGCUGAGGUAAUUAGGUUUCUUUUUGUUUGGUAGCUCUAUUUUACGUUUCCCAGACGCGGCAAUUGUUUAUUGUUGUAAGUACUUUUGAGCAGAAUGAAAUUUGAUUUACAACAAUGAUUUAUUCCACUAAUUUGGGAGCACUAAGUGGCCACUAAUGAGGUGGAAAUUCAAAAGAAAAAAAGAAAAAAAGAAAAAAAACACGAGCAAAACAUCUCAUCAUGUGGGACCCACACCACUUUAGAGCUAUUAGUGCUCCUCUUUUUAGUGGUCUCACUCAUUUUUGUUUGAUUUAUACUCUUUUGGCUCAUGAUCUUGUCAUAAUUGCUCUAUUUUGAAACCAAAAUUUUGGCAGAAAGAGUAUAAUAUUGAGACAAUAUGUUUGUCAA